AUGGGUCACACAUCAGAACCAGACAGCGGGAUGAAAAGGGCCGCCGAGGUGUCGGAGGCCAUGUUAUCGGUACCAGGAUACGCGGAUGACUCCAUGUUCUUUACCGUCCGCUACGGACACAAAGCCAAGGAGACGCUGAGGAAGUGCGAUUAUGACGAGUUGAUGGAAACCCUGAACAAAAUGACAGCGUUAUGGGUAAAGAGUGGAGGAGGCGGUGCCAAGCCAGAACCCGGCGCCGAGGAACGACAUGCCCAAAUCAUGGAGCUGCGGAGGCAUUGCUUGGAGAUUAUCAAGGACUUCCCCGACCUCGUCCGAGACUUUGACCGAUUCCACGCCAGCUCCAAGGCUGCCCUGUCAGCAGUCAUGCGAUCCAACACCUAG